AUGGUACCACAAACCCAGCAACCAACCGAGGAUGGAGGAAGCAACAAAGUAGCCAGAAGUGGUGCUAACAUGCUUCGCAGGUGGAGCGGUACCAGGUGGACUCCUACUACAAAUCAGAUAAGAAUCCUCAAGGAGCUUUACUAUGAUAAGGGAGUUAAGUCCCCAACUGCAGAGCAGAUUCAGAGGAUCUAUCUCCAGCUGAACCGGUAUAGAAAGAUUGAGGGCAAGAAUGUCUUUUUUUGGUUCCAGAACCUCAAGGCUCGGGAGAGGCAGCAGAAGAGAUUGACUUCAGAUGUUCAUGUGCCCAUACAAAGAUCAGGGCCUGUUGGUGGAUCCAUUAAUCUUAAUUUUGGGUCAACUAGUUCUACUGGUGUUAGUGGAUCCAUUGAUCUCAAUUUUGGGUCAACUAGUUCUACUUGUGUUGGUGGAUCCAUUGAUCUCAAUGUUGACCCAUAUUCCUCCUCACUACUUUCCUUGACAUGA